UUAGAUAAUGGAACUUACCGAACCCAAACCAAAAAGAAAUUUCAAAAUACACAUGAAUACCUCUCUUCCUAUAGUUCUUAAGAAGGACGGAUCUUUACAUGAAAUGACAGGAACUUUUAACGAAUUUUCCGUUUUAGUAGAAUGUGAAGCAGAUGCAAAAAAUCUAAUUUCUAGAGGUUAUUUCGGUAAAGCAAAUCUAUCUAGAAGUUAUCCUCAAUUUGUGACGAAACCUGAGCUACUACGUAAAAGGCAGUUCCAAACGAGAACAAAUAUUUCAACCUCUUUAUCCCUGGUAAACAACAUUAAAAUCAUACCUGACAAAGUAAUUGUUGUCCCAGAUAGUGAAUCAGAUGAUGAGUAUUUUACAAACGUUAAACCAGUCUACCAUAUGGAUAACUCAUCAUUACGAGAAAAACUAUGGCUAAGUUUAGAGGAAGCUUUUUUUUUAGCCAGUGCUCUGAAAUGCCUUACUGUGUAUUUUAAUGAUAAAAAGUUAUCUUUGAAAGAUAUGUGGAAAUUAUUUUCCAAACAACAUUAUUUUGUUCGUAAUUAUAUUGUUUACUUUUACUACAGAUCAAAAAACUGGAUUGUCAAACCAGGGAUUAAGUUUGGUGGUGAUUUCUUACUUUACAAACAAGGUCCUCCAUUUUACCAUGCUAGUUAUGUGGUUAUCAUUGAAGUUAUAAAAGGUGAAGAGGACAGCGACAAGUCAGCUAGGAACAUUGAUUUAUUUGGCUUAAAUCGCUUGUGUGAAACUGCAGCAAAGGAGUUAAUAAUUUGCAAGCUUUUCUGGGCAAAGGAAAAUGAAGUUGAUUUUAGUGACUUAUCAAGCAUAAAAAUUUUAGAAAUAUUAGUUAGGAGAUGGAAUCCUACACAAGAAAGGUUGGGAAUACCUAAAUAA